AAACUUGAAUGCAAUAGCCAAUCAGUUGGUUGUUGCUGUACACAAUCUUCAAACUGCUAAAUUUAAAACAGGGCAAACGAAAAGGAAGGGACAAGUGAAAAAAAUAAGGAUUUGGAUAUUAUCUGGUCUCCAUUUGCUAGAUUGAUGUUAUUUUUUUUAAGGUAAUCUUUUGUAAAACUUUGUCGCGCAGGAGAAGAUGUCGAGUGCUUUAAGAAGAGAGGAAAUACGCAAAGAAGUACCUGACAUUGUCAUUGAUCCUGGAAAUGGAAAACGAUACUUAAAGGGCAGAUUUCUGGGCAAGGGUGGUUUUGCAAAAUGUUACGAAUUGACAGAUACAGACACGAAGGAAAUAUUUGCUGGGAAAAUAGUUCCCAAAUCCCUCCUGGUAAAACAGCAUCAAAAGGAUAAGAUGACUCAGGAGAUCAGUAUUCAUCGCAGUGUUUCCCAUAAGCAUAUAGUCAAAUUUCACAGUUUCUUUGAGGAUGUGGACAACGUGUACAUCCUUUUGGAACUGUGUCGAAGACGGUCUAUGAUGGAGCUGCACAAAAGAAGGAAGGCUGUAACAGAACCGGAGGCACGCUACUUUGUUCAACAGGUCAUUCUGGCAUGUCAGUAUCUCCACAACAACAAAGUCAUUCACAGAGAUCUUAAGCUGGGAAAUCUCUUCAUCAACGAUGAAAUGGAAGUUAAAAUUGGAGACUUUGGAUUGGCCACCAGAGUGGAUUAUGAUGGCGAGAGGAAAAGAACAUUAUGUGGCACACCAAAUUACAUUGCACCAGAAGUACUUGGGAAGAAGGGUCACAGUUUUGAGGUGGAUGUAUGGUCUCUUGGUUGUAUACUGUAUACCUUACUUGUUGGCAAGCCUCCUUUUGAGACGUCCUGUUUAAAGGACACUUACUUGAAGAUUAAGAAAAACGAAUAUCACAUUCCCUCCAGAGUUACCAUGCCAGCCAAAAAUCUCAUUAUGAAACUACUCAAGGGUGACCCAACAGACAGGCCUAACAUGGAAGCUUUGUUAGAGGAUGAAUUUUUCCACAUAGGUUACCUCCCUCCUCGCCUCCCAACCAGCUGUCUGACCAUGGCCCCCAGAUUUGACACAAUAGCCCGAUCAGAGGCGUUAUCUAGACGACCGCUAUUGGAAAUCAACAGAGCAGAUGGAAAUUCGCGACCACAGACUGCCCCAACAGACAUUAAAAAAGAUGACAAAUACCCGUCUGAGUUGGAACAAGCAGAUGAGGGACGGAGGAAAGGAAGUGAUGAGCCAGCAGACUACUACUUAUCUGACCUCUUUGCUGCUCUGUCAACUGUGAUAGCAUCAAAACCAUCUGAAAAAAUUCAUAUACAAGAAGAGGAGGCUGAGGACCCAGCUGCCAUUCCUAUCUACUGGGUCAGUAAGUGGGUGGAUUACUCUGACAAGUAUGGACUGGGGUACCAGCUGUGUGACAACAGUGUAGGGGUCCUGUUCAAUGACUCGACACGCCUCAUUCUGCUAGCUAAUGGAGAGAAUGUGCAGUACAUUGAGAGAGAUGGCACUGAGCAUUAUCACACCCUAAAAGUAUUCCCUGAAACCCAGACCAAAAAAGUCACUCUGCUCAAAUACUUCCGAAACUACAUGAAUGAACAUCUACUCAAGGCUGGAGCCAAUAUGACUCCCAGAGAGGGUGAUGACAUGACACGGUUACCUUUCCUCAGACACUGGUUCAGGACCAGGAGCGCCAUUGUUUUACACCUCAGUAAUGGAACUUUACAGAUCAAUUUCUUCCAAGACCAUACAAAGAUAAUUUUAUGUCCACUGAUGCAAGCUGUAACCUAUAUCGAUGAGAAGAGAGACUUCCACAUCUUUAAACUGACUGGUAUUGAAAAGUAUGGAUGUACUCGAGAGCUGGCUAGUAGACUAAGAUAUGCCAGGACCAUGGUGGAACGCCUCAUGACCUCCAAAUCGGGGUCAGGUCGUGUGAGGUCAGCCAACCCUUCUACAUCUUAGCGUGUCAGUGGUUGUGUGAUGUGAAAUUUUACGUUAGUGUAGUGCUGAGACGGAAGUAGGUAUUCAAUGCUGAUACAUUGUGUCUCGUGUGCUAGGAUCGAGAGUUAAAGUCUACUUGCCUAUAAAUCCAUCUCCGGGAAUGAAUGGAAGGUCACAAUCGUAGACCUCAGACUUUUAAGGACAUUUAGAUAUUGAAGAUUUUUGGCUGUACAAUUAUGAAUGUGAUUGCAAGUCUCAUUUUUGUACCUGUCUUUCAUACAUGUAGAGGACAUUAAGUUUUAUGUUCCAACUUUUUAAUAUUGAUCAGGUAUACGUGUAUUUCUACUCCACAAUUCUCCCUGUCACCCUCAAAUUGUUUUAAAUGAAGAUAGUUAUGUUGGGUUUUUUUCUUUUUUGAUUAUAAAGAAAAUAUCUUAUUAAGUACAUAAUCAGAAAUAAUCAUGUACAAAGGGAAGUGAUUUUAUUGAAUCAUGUAAUUGGUGGUCUGUGGGUUAGUGCUAAGUUGUCUUUCUUGAGCUUGAUUUGGUGAGUACGCAAGAAUUAGCUUGUUGACUGGGAACAGAACACACCUAUGUUUGGUGCUUUGUUUGUUUCUGUUGUUUUGUUGACACUGGUUUUUCAUGCUUUGAAGUUUACUGACAUGAAUUUUUAAAAACAUACAUUUAUAUAUAUAUAGGAAUUGGAGAAAUGAAAGGUUUGCUUGUUAAUUUCUCGAGUGACAUAUCAAAACAAGGCGAGAAAGCUUAUGAUAGAACUAGCGUUAAUAUAAAAUGUGUUCAGACUGUACAUAAUAUUUGUAGAACUGGUGUACAUUAUUUAUGACUGUAGUAGACAAUACUGUACAUACAGUUAGUAUCUAGUAUUGUAACGUGUGUAUUACAAUACUUGCAUAAGAAAAUAUUGUCUAAAUAUUUAUUUGUAUUGUGUAACGGUUGGAUUCUAUUCUCCUGUACUCGAGGGUAAGAUGUGAUGGGAAUGAAGAGGCCAGCGGAACAAUUUUUUUCCCUCCAUGAGUCUCUUAUGAGUUAUUUCAGUUCGUUAAGAAGUGUUUGAUAACGGUGAAAUUUGGUAUACUUUAGGGUACAACUUUAGGGUACAACUUCUAGCUCAAAUUCAGAAACCCAAAUCACAUUCAACUCUUAUGUACUUAUCGUACAUACAUGCAGAUUUACGUAUACACAUGAAAGAGAGUUUACUUGUCCUGACUGUAUAGAGAUAAACGACUGAUGUUAUACACUGAUGUGAGGAUGUAAUGCAGGGUUUUCUAUUGGGGGUUGUUGUUGUAAACAUUAACGUCUGGCAAGUCCAAGAGAGAUGUUGUGUAUGAAUUGUGUUCUGGAUCUUUUUUUUCCAUGUUUGUCUCCUUAACUGUCCAUCUGACUUUGUAAUUACAAAAGCACUCAAUAUUAUCGUUAUCAAUAAAUGACUAGACCACUA